CGACAAUGAAUCCAGAAUCGUCAAAACAUCAACAAAAUUUCUCUUCCGAGACAACAAUUACCAGACCAGUGAGGCACCAUCUUCUCAGAGUUUACCUUACAAUUGCAGGAAUGCUAGCAAUAGCAGCAUAUGGAAGCCACAUGAGUGUCAUGGGAAUGGGGGACUCGGCCUUAAUAUCAAUGAGCAAUAGUCCAUUGUCAAUUGGUGUUGUGCUCGGUAGUGUUUUUGGUAUCCGGCACCCUUCUACUAAUAACAUUGUGCGCUGGAUGCUUUUGGGGGCUUACGCAUUAUUUAGCGGAUUGUCACUUUCAAGCUUGAUUGAUAUCUUUACAGAAUGGGAUCCUUCUGGUGGACUUUUGACAGCAGCUCUAUCCUCUGCUAUAUUCAUCUUCUUUGGCUUUUCUGCCAGUGCACUUUUUGCCGAACGAAGGAGUAUGAUAUAUGUUGGUGGUGCGGCUGCUGGUCUACUUGGCGUCGUAUUUUGGACAUCUCUUGCAAACUUGUUCUUUGGAAACAGUCUUGUGUUCUCGGUCGAGUUAUAUCUGGGUUUAAUUGCCUUCUGUGGAUAUGUAAUGUAUGACACCCAAAUGAUUGUGGAGCAUGCCAGUGCAGGAAACUUCAAUAUCCCCCUCCAUGCACUUGAGUUGUUUAUGGAUCUCUUUGCUCUUUUCACUCGUAUCGCCGCAAUUCUUGCUGAUAAGGAAAAGGAUAAGAAGAAGGAUAAAAAGAGAAAACAAGAAAGCUUUGACCGAUGA